AUGAUUAAUUUGCGGUCGGGAUUCCGAUUUCAUCCGACCGAUGAAGAACUCAUCCCACACUACUUAUCAGAGAAGGCUCUAAACAGCAAUUUCUCGGUCAUUUCAAUCGGAGAAGUUGAUCUCAAUAAGGUCGAACCAUGGGAUUUGCCUUAUCCAACUGGUUUAAAAACGAACAGAGCUACGGAGGAAGGAUACUGGAAAGCAACCGGGAAAGACAGGGAGAUUUUCCGGGUGAAAUUCUUGAUAGGAAUGAAAAGAACUCUAGUUUUUUACAUGGGUAGGGCUCCUAAAGGAGAGAAAUCGAACUGGGUUAUGCAUGAAUAUCGUCUUGAAGGACAAGUCCAAAGUCACGAAUGGGUUAUUUGUAAGGUUUUUCACAAGACUGCCGGCGGGAAGAAAAUAUUCAUCUCAGAUUUAUGGAAGAUUCAUGUUCACGAUGGAAUGUCCCUUCGUGAUGGGUCCCUUCGCGAUGGAUCCCUUCACAAUUGGGCCAGAUUUGAGGAUGAUGCUCUGAAUCGGUUCCAUUUCAGAGAAGAUUCGUGUGAUCUCGUGAAGCGGCACGGUGGUUAUGUGAAGCGGCAUUGCGUUACGCGAAGGUCCAUCGCGUUACGCGAAGAGGCACGAUCGUCAUGCGAAGCGGCACGAUGGUCACGCGAAGUGGCACGGUCGUCACGCGAAGGGCAAGCAUACGUGCUAUGGAAGAGUUGUACAUAG